CUACUAUCCUUGUUUCCAAACAAAAUUAAUUUUUUUAAAAGACUACAAUUCAUGUUUCCAAACACUCCAAAUUUUUUUAAUAAUCCUAUUCAAGUCUCCAAACACUCCAAUUUUGUACUUGAGUUUUAAUAAGAUAAAUAUAUAUAUAUAUAUCUACUAUUUCUUAAAACAAAUUAAUAGUGGUAACUUAUCUUUUAAAAUAAACACAUCAACCAUCUUAAGAAAGUAACAUAAUAAAUCAACCCAAAUGUUGGAAAGUUUCACCUAAUUCUGGUUAUAAAUCCUCUCUUCCUCACGGCAUCUUCCAACAGCCCAAACCGCACAACAUUAUUCAUUCUGUCUCCUAAAACAACAACCAAUGGGAGAAGCGGCGGAGCAAGCAAGUGGUUUCCACGUAACCACCACUAGGAAGCAGCUCAUCACGGCGGCUCUUCCUCUCCAGGACCACUGGCUCCCUCUCUCAAACCUCGACCUCCUCCUUCCACCUCUCAACGUCAGCGUUUGCUUCUGCUACAAGAAACCAUGUAACAUCACUAUUUCAGUGGCUCAUAAAACCCUCAAGACGGCACUGGCCGAGACUCUCGUCUCCUACUACGCUUUUGCCGGCGAGAUAGUCACCAAUCCAACCGGAGAACCGGAGAUUCUAUGCAACAACCGCGGUGUAGAUUAUGUGGAGGCCGGUGCUGACGUGGACCUCCGAGAGCUUAACCUCUAUGAUCCUGAUGAAAGUAUUGCCAGGCUUGUUCCCAUCAAGAAACAUGGAGUCAUAGCGAUUCAGGUAACUCAACUGAAAUGUGGGAGCAUAGUUGUGGGCUGCACAUUUGAUCACCGUGUAGCGGAUGCGUAUUCCAUGAACAUGUUCCUUAUAUCAUGGGCCGAGAUCUCUCGAUCCGACGUACCAAUCUCUUGUGUACCAUCGUUUCGAAGAUCUCUACUAAACCCUAGACGACCCUUGAUCAUUGAUUCAUCUAUAGACCAGAUGUAUAUGCCUGUCACGUCCUUGCCCCCUCCGCAAGAAACCACCGAUCCGGACAGUAUCCUCGCGAGCCGUCUCUAUUACAUCAAAGCGGAUGCCUUAGACGAGCUUCAAACCCUAGCUAGUGGAUCAAAGACUACACUCAUCAAAAGGACGAAACUUGAAGCGUUCAGCGCGUUUCUGUGGAAACUCGUGGCGAAACACGCGGCAAAAGAUCCAGUUCCGACCAAGAACUCGAAACUAGGGAUCGUUGUUGACGGAAGGAGGAGACUUAUGACGCAAGAAAACAAUACUUACUUCGGAAACGUUCUCUCAAUCCCAUUUGGUGGGCAAAAGAUUGAUGACUUGGUCAACAAGUCAUUAUCUUGGGUUACAGAUGAGGUUCACAACUUCUUGGAGAGUUCAGUGACCAAAGAGCAUUUCUUGAACUUGAUCGAUUGGGUUGAGACUCGCCGACCAAUACCUGCGGUUUCAAGAAUCUACAGUACCGGGUCCGACGACGGACCGGCCUUUGUGGUUUCUUCCGGGAGAGGAUUUCCGGUGAACCAAGUGGAUUUCGGGUGGGGCUCGCCGGUGUUCGGAUCAUAUCAUUUCCCAUGGGGCGGUAAUGCUGGAUAUGUGAUGCCUAUGCCGAGCUCGGUGGACGACAAAGACUGGAUGGUUUACUUGCACCUUACGAAAGGACAGUUGGAGUUUAUUGAGAAAGAGGCAUCUCACGUGCUUAAACCCGUUGACAAUACUUACCUCAAGAUCUAAAACCCUAAUAUGUUGGUUAAUGCAACAACAGUUAUGGGUCAUUUGUGUUAUUUUUUUUUUUAACCAUGGGUCAUUUGUGUUAUAUGUGUGAUUAUGUUUGUCUUGCGUCUUUGUAUUUGAAUUAUUGUAUUUUUUGUCAGCUAUUUCAAUUAUUGUAUAUGUUAUAUGGCGUUGCAACCGUAUAAUAUAUAAACUACUAUCUGUCAAGAUGUGCCUCUAACCACAUCCCUCUGAUUUAUUGUUCAAUUACUUUGAUGAUUUAUGUUACUCAAUUUCAGUUACUUUUUUUUUUGUCAACAACAUAAAGGAUAGAGACAAACCAACACUACUACACUUGCAUGGCCAACUAUAUUUAAUUUUUGUUUGUAUACUAUAUGUAAUUGUACUGACAAAUCCUCUUAUUCAAUAUAUGGCAAUCACCUUCGUGCAAUAUGUCAUUAUACCUUAACUAUACGCAUUUGGUGUCAUUAGAAUGAUUCCGUGCAAUACCAAAACUCGUCUAGCCACCAACGCCAAAAAACAAACUCUUAUAUAUUAGAUGUUCAAUUUAAUUUUAUCUUCAAUUUUUUUUCUCUCAAAAAUUGAUAUAAAAAGCUCAUGUCACAAAUUCGUCACAUGUACAUCAUAGAUUUUCAUCGUCUAUUUGUGGCUUACAAUAUAUAUUAUUAUUGGAAAAUUAGUUGCAGUUUACAGAUAAAAAUAAUUCUUUUUGUUGAGUAUUAAUGUUGAAUUUUAAAAGAAGGCUUAUCUGUAAAUAAUAUAAUGUACUAUCUAAUAAUUUAAUACUGAAAAAGUUUUUUUUGUGUGUGUGUGAUGUAAGUUGAUAUGUAGUAUUGACUGAAUAUUACUAGCUAACUGGAGCUUCGUUCUUGUGCGGUUGUACCAUUUAGGGUUUAGUCAAGACUACUCUAAUUGUUCUUGGUAACACUGAAAGCUAUUUACAGCUUUAAUUAUCCACUAAUUGGUUGUACAUUUUCCUAGUGGUUGUUGUAUUUAACCCACACAAAAAAUCAUUAAGCAGAUUUAGCUAUUAAACCUAAACCUACCUCCACAAAAUCAUAUCUUUUUACUAAAAUAUUGCAUACUAAUGUUUUAAAAGGUGAAUCGAUUACUAAUCACUUUGGUAUACUAUACCUAUGUAAAGAAGUGUGACUAAGAUUUUUUAAUGUUGGUUGGGAAAGAUUAGAAAUAUAUGUAGUUUUCGAAAAUAUAGUCAAACUAGUGUCAUAACAAGUUGAUGCUCUUUUUUAUAUUGCCAACCAACUAAUUUCCUUUCUAACAUUUUUUAUUUCACGACUGAUAGUUAUGUUACGUACUUCAGUUCUGAUACUAAGUUCUUUUUAUUAUCAUUAAUAUAAAAUUCGCACAUGAAACAAAAAAAUUGGAUACAUCAUAGCUUGAUUUUACUUGUAGAAUGUUUAUCUGGUAAAACCACCUAUCAGUAAGAUGUUACACAGUUUAUUCUCAAAAUUCGGUUCAACUUUUGACAAGCUAUCUUGUAAAAAUAAUUAAUUGCAAAUUACUACUCCAGAAAAGAUAGUCUUAGAUUUUAGUUCUCGAGGCAAAGCAAGGUGAGAAAAGAAUCAGAAACCUAGACAUUUGAAAUAUCCCCCAAAUAUGCAAUUUUUUUUUCUUGAACAAACCCAAAUAUGCAAAAUAUAGCCCACUACUGCAUAGAAUGUUGAUUACAAAAGGAAAAAAAACAUUAUAAGUGAGGGGUUCUCUUUAAAAAAAAUCUAAUGUUUUAAAAGGUGAAUCGACCACUAAUCAAGGUUCUAUGCAUAGAACACUAAUCCAAAAACAUUCUAAUGUUUUAAAAGGUGAAUCGAUCACUAAUCCAAAAGCACAAACGGAAGAAGUUAUCUGCGGAAGAACUACUAAAACUUCGCGAAACCAUCACAAGGGUUUAUGUACAAAGAACGGGUAAAACUAUUUGGGUUGUAUCCGAAAUAUAUCCGACUGCAUAGAAUGUUGAUUACAAAAGCGACACCACUGCCCCACAUCUCACUCUUUCUGGUCCCAAGCUGAGUCUCAAACACACUCAUGGAACUGGAAAUGUGUGCUCCGACUUCGAACUCUAGCUGCUCAAUUCUUACGGUGUGAUGUUGGAGAUGGAAGAGUAGCAUCUUUUUGGCAUGAUUCCUGGUUUCCUAUGGGCCCUCUCAUCCAGUCAAUUGGCGAGGAUGGCCCUCGUAGAUUAAGAAUCCCUGCACACUCAACUGUCAGAGAGGCGUGUAACACUGCAGGAUGGACUUUGCCUUCUCCACGAUCAGAUUCAGAGAUAACACUUCAUGCUUACCUCACCACCAUUGAUAACCCCUUCCACUCGGUAAUAGAGGAUCGCUACUCUUGGGUUACUGCUGGCUGCAGGGGAAGCUAUUCUUCGAGCAAAACUUGGGACAUACUUAGACCUCGACGGCCUAUACAACCCUGGUCUAAGAUCAUCUGGUUCAAGGGAUCAGUUCCGAAGCACGCUUUCAAUAUGUGGGUUUCUCAUCUGGACAGACUGCCUACUAGACAAAGACUUGCUGAUUGGGGAAUGAACAUCCUUAAUGUUUGCUGCAUCUGCUCUUCAUUGCCUGAGACAAGAGAUCACUUACUCCUCUCCUGCAACUUUGCAGUUCAAAUCUGGAUUCAGGUAUUCAUAAGGGUGGGAUCUCCUCCUACACUGCUGUUCCAGUGGUCAGACUUAAUCAACUGGCUGCAGGAACCUCAAUCGCGAGAGACAAAAGUGCUCCGUCUCUUAGCCUCUCAAGCUGUGGUGUAUUGUAUUUGGAAGCAGCGUAACAACCUUCUCCAUAACAAUACAAUCAUCCCUGCCUCCACUGUCUUCAAAGAGAUAAACAGAACAAUCAUCAACACGAUUCUUGCUAGGAAAGGACGGCGUCGUUUUCAUAACCUCUUGCAACACUGGCUGAUCUAAGCUUGUCGUUGGUCUGCUGCUUAACUGCUUAGUCUAAUGCUUUCUUGUUUUUACUUUUUUUGCCAAGAAACCAUUUGUAUAGGAUGCAAUCUGUAACCUUUCACUUUCAUUUAUGAAAUAUUAACAUAUUUAGCAAAAAAAAUGAGUUAAUUUUGAAUAUUUUUUUUUUUUUUUUUUUUUUUUUUUUUUUUUUUUGAUAAGUAUGUGAAUUUUCAUUAAUCAAAAUGACACAAGGAGAUACAAGGUUUUGAUGAAUCAAAUCCUAGAUAUCUAAGAGGCUAAUCAAAGCUUUGAUGCUGUAGAGAGCCACAAAAAAAGGUAAAAAAGACUCUCUAGAACAAUGAAGGUUUAGCCACAAUCUCUAGAUAUAUGACUAAAGCUUAGCAAGUUUAAGAUAUCAGAACAACCAAUAAGCUGCAGUAGAUCACGUCAU